AUGGCCAUUCUCGCACAGACAAGUGGAAAGAAGUCGACGGCAAGGUCGGCAUCGGCACAUUCCAUUGUCUUCCUUCCUGCUCAUCUGACUCGGACUCUGGUGGAGAUGGAGCCAGACGCUGUUCUCUCGCACUCGGUCCUCGAUCCCAAGCGCAAUCCCCUGCUCGCAAACACUCCGCAUCAUAACCUUGAUCAACCAGCUGCUGACAACGAUCACGCCACUGGCCCCCUCUCCAAGGGACCUGUCUUUGCUACUGCUGUCAUUGCCGGUACCAUGGCUGUUAAGCGGACUUCGGAUCUCAUUCCCAUGUGCCACCCUCUCCCCAUCACGGGCGUCGAGCUCGACAUCGGCAUCGACGUCCCGGCCUCGGCGCUCCGCAUCGUCUGCACUGUCCGUGUAGAUGGGAAGACAGGCGUCGAGAUGGAGGCACUCACCGGUGCAUCUGCCGCUGCGCUCACCGUCUACGACAUGACCAAGGCUCUCUCCCACGACAUUGUCAUCGCAGACACCCGCCUCCUCGCCAAAGACGGCGGCAAGUCUGGCGCCUAUCGUGCUCCAGCUUGCAUCUAACUGCUGUUUACAAACACCAAAAGCGCGUCAGCGCCGCAGAUCCUCGAAUCGCAGUGCCUCGCCGCCUCCGCGAGCCGCAUCGCUCCCCUGUGCCCGCCGGACGUACGGCGACUGGUACUUGGGCGUCUUGAGCGGCGACCGUCCUGCCGCCCCGCUCACAGACGUCCCCACGCC